GCGGCUGGGCGAUCCGGUCGACCCAGGUAGUUACCGGCUCCCAGACGCGGACAUUCGUCGUUAUUUGUACAUCUUGAGUCGAGUAUUCCUUCGUUCAAAAUACGAUCAAGACCCAGAGGAAGUUUCAGGUAGACUAAAUCGCGCUGAAAGAAACUGAACGCCCCUGUGAACAUGGCAGAAGUACCGAGCACCAGAACAAGACUAGUGCGGUAUGGAGCAGACUUUGCCAACAUCGUCAAGGCAUUCAUUGGGUCCAACUAUAUCGGCAUGCCGUUCGCCUUCUUACAAAGUGGUCUUGGGCUGGGCUUGGGUGGACUGCUGCUUAUUGCCACCGUAACUGACCACUGUUGUCAUCUCAUCGUGGACUGUAAAAAGGAACUCAUUCGGCAGAUACUGAGCAAGUAUUCAUCGCAGGGCCCCCCAACAGCUGCCGACUUAGUAAUCCAAGCAAAUCGAAAGAAGCGGCUGGAACGUAGCCUGACUUAUGGGGACUUGGGGAGGAAGGUUUUGGGGACAGGGGGACUGAUCGUUGUUAACCUGGCACUGUUACAGACUCAGUUCUUCUUCCUGGUUGGUUACUUUGUGUUUUUAGGGAACACCAUACAAACCCUCUGGCCCAUGGUAGAGGUAAAUUCCACCCAAGCAGAGGCUUUUGAUCUUGGCAUGUCUGUCACGUACAAUGAUUCUCUGCACUUAACUCAAAGAUAUGUGAGGGACACCUCCUCUGGGGACAUAGCUUCCAUUCUACAAGGACGUUUUGAAGAAGCAAUAGCUCAUAUACCUUCUGCAGAUCAGUCUUACCAACAGAAUGUCUCCAGUUCUGAAGAAAAGCAGACCAUUCCUAAAUCAGGUGCAGCCAGGAAUUUACAGCCUGCUCAGGCUUUGAGAAGUUCUGUUAGUUCAGUCACUUUACCAACAAAUUCAUUGAGGGAAAAGAUGGCUGAUGGAACAGAAAGCAGCAGAACUACUGUUUCUAACAUGGAAGUAAACAACAUAACCAGCACAACACCUUCUGGAACAACAGUGAGGGGAAACUACUCUACAACAGCAGCCAAUGAAAGCACAAUGUCUCCCACAACAACAGUAGUGCCACCUGCCAACAUGACGGACAUCUCUCCCGUGGCGUACGGUACCACAGCGCCUGCCUUCCCGCUCAUCCUGCUCAUCCCGUACCCGAUGUUUGUGUUCUUUUCGUACCUGCGGAGCGUGCGUUCGCUGGGACCAAUCAGUGUGCUGGCCAACCUGUCCAUCUUAGCUGGAUUCAUAUCUGUACUGGUGUACAUGUUGAUAGGAAUGGAGGUGAAGAUUUCUGACAUCACAUGGUGCAAGUUGGAAACCUUCCCAGUCUUCUUUGGUCAAGUCACUGGUGCAUUUGAAGGCAUUGGAACGGUGAUCCCAAUAGAAGCCAGCAUGGAGGGAAAUCGCCAUAAUUUCUCCAAGUUCCUCCACACGGCGCUCUUCCUGGUCUCCCUUAUCCUGGGUUGCUUCGGCAUCGUCGGGUAUCUUCGCUUCGGAACCAACGUUCAGCAGAUGAUCUCACAAAACCUACCCAUGGGAUCAGUUAUUGCACAGACAGUGAACCUGACCCUGUGCAUUGGUGUGGCGUUCACCUAUCCCAUGCAGCUGGUACCAGUGGUGGAGAUUAUAGAGGGAUGGCUGUUUGCACCCGGGAGAUGUUGUGGGCCUGUUGCUGACACCAACGGCAGAAAUGGGUCUGUCCAAUCAGACGGCCUCAUGAACAGCCAAUCAGAUCCCCUGCUGCUGAAUGAUGAUGAGGAUGAGGAGGAGGAAUCUGGUGGAGAGAAGUUGACUGUUGCCAUGGCAAUACCUGACUCAGUGUCAGCCUGGAAGCGUAACUUGUUGCGAACAUUACUAGUGACAGCCUCGGGGGCACUGGCUAUCCUACUGAAGGAUGACUUUGCGUACAUCGGCGCUUUUACUGGAGCAGUUGGCAGUACCAUCCUGGCUUUCAUCCUUCCUUGUGCAAUUCAUUUGAAACUCUACAGGGGGAGCCUCAGUUAUGUAAGCAUCAUUAAGGAUGUGCUGAUCAUCUUAUUUGGGUUGGUGGGAGGCAGCAUCAGCCUUUACUCUGUCAUACGCCGAAUGAUUCAUCAGUUCUCAAAACACUUGUAACAAUCUGGUUCAAGAAGGCAACCCUAACCACCAGACCACCUUGCCACCGGGUUCUUUGUGCAAUUGUUGAUUUUGCUGGAGUGUCACUUGUUGCACAUAUGUAUAUUGAAUGUCAGUCAUAAAAUCAUGGUCCUGAAUUUUUUCUUAAAAUUGUAAAAUUGAUCUUAAAAGGAGAAUGAUGGAGAUGUGAACAUUUGAUAUUUUUACAUGGCUAUCCACUUAUCAGUACAUAUGUAUUUGAAAUACAUGUAGCUGUAUUUCCUUCAUAUAAGAGACUUUGUCCUAAAGGUUUGUUAAUUUGGCAUCAAGAAAUGGGUCAAGACCUAUAUGCGGCUGCCAUUUAGCAAUGAAACCAAUUGUAGAUGAGGACUCCUAUUGACUUAGAACUUUGUCCCAGCUACCAAUUACAUCCUUAUUAUGUGUAACACCAGCUCUGCUCUCUAGGGUGUAUAACAGCCCCUUCUAGUGGGCCAACGGAAGUCAGGCUCGCUAACUUUAACCAAUACAAUUUUGGUGCCAAAACACUAUACCUCAGCAGACAUCAAAGCUUAAAGCAAAUCACCACCUCUACAUGAGGACCACCUGGCUAAUGCGACCACUUUUUGGUCCCUAAGUAAUUUUUACCAUUGAUUCAAGCAUUAGGAAUCCUGUAAGCAGCUGUCCAUGUAGACCAGAUUUUAUUGGUCCCCAGAUAUGCCUGAGCAGGUCUUCUUGGGCAGUUUUUACUGUACAUGUAAUAUUACAUCACUUAGUGCAAGUCUUUUAGACAAUGUUAUGUUUCGUUUUAAUGGUGGGAUGUUGCAUCUCAUAAAAUUUGUAUGUGUGUAAUAGAUUUCCAUGCAACUUCAAGAGAAUGUGUUGAUGUACUGUAAAUACCUAUUGUUUUAUUUAACUGGCAUGUGCAAUGGGGCCACUUCUUUCCAUUCUCUUUAUAUUUCAUGUGAUAAAGUACAUACCAGGGUAUAUAACUGGAGAUGAAGCUUUGUGAUGUGGUGGGCAAAGUGCAAAUUUUAUUGUACAAAAUUGUGUCAAAAGACUUCAUAUAUUUGAAAUAAUAUUGAUUGAAUUCAUAUUGUUGUACAUAUGUACUUGUAGCCUAAGCUGUAUUUGCCAGUUUGUGGCAAUAUUUGGGAAUAAAAAUGUCCUGCCAUCUACCUGUAAC